AUGGCCACAGUCAACAACAUAAGACUGUUUGGAGAUGAGUUUAUUGACAAGAGGAUAGUUGAAAAGUUCAUUACUACUCUACCAGAGAAGUAUGAGUCAAAAAUCUCUUCUUUGGAAAACUCGAGGGACCUAUCAGCUAUACCCUUGACAGCGCUGAUAAAUGCUCUCUAUGCACAAGAGCAAAGAAGAGCAAACAGAAUGGAGGAGCAUUUUGAAGGAGCUUUUCAGGCCAAGAGCAGAGAAAGCUUAAGCUCGAGCUCAAGUUACAAAGAAAAAUAUUGUUGGUACAGGCCUGACAUUCAGUGUAAAAGCUGCAAGCAACUAGACCACAUUGAAAAGGUUUGCAAGAAUAAGGUAAAAACACAACCACAGCAGCAGAAUCAAGCUCAAGCUGCUGAGGAUGUGCAAUCUCAGGAAGAGCAUGUCUUUACUGCCUCCUACUUUGCAAGUUUAAACAAAGUUAGGAAAAAUUGGCUGAUUGACAGUGGCUGCACUCAUCACAUGGCUUCAAAUAAAGGCAUGUUUAAAGAGCUAGACACCAGCCUUGUGUCCAAAGUUAGAAUUGGGAAUGGUGAGUUCAUCGAGGCCAAUGGCAAAGGCAAGGCUGUGAUUUGCACUCAGUCAGGUAACAAAACCAUUUCAGAAGUUCUUUUUGUACUUGACAUUAACUAG